AUUGUGCUUGAGCCGUAUCAAUACCUCAUUCAGCAUCCUGGCCAGGAAAUACGAAACUUGCUUAUUGAAGGGUUUCAAAAAUGGUUCCAGGUGCCCACUGAAAAACUUGCCAUUAUCAAGCAAGUGGUUGCUAUGCUGCAUACUGCGAGUUUAUUGGUCGAUGAUGUAGAAGACGGAUCUGAUUUACGACGUGGAGUGCCAGUCACGCACAAGAUUUUUGGAGUUGCAAGUACAAUCAAUGCUGCUAAUUACGCAUACUUUAUUGCUUUGGAAAACGUGCUGAUGUUGAAGGAUGUGAGAAUUGUUCAAGCAUUUACCGAAGAGUUGCAAUUGCUGCACUUGGGACAGGGGAUGGAGAUUCAUUGGAGGGACACAGUUGUUUGUCCAAGUGAAUCUGAUUAUUUGAAAAUGGUAGAAAACAAGACAGGAGGUCUUCUUCGAUUGGGAGUUCGAAUGAUGCAGCUUGACAUUGAGUCACCGGCAGCGCUAGAAUACAUCAAACUAGUGAAUCUGAUUGGUGUAUUUUAUCAAGUGCGUGACGAUUAUUUGAAUCUAAAAUCAGCCAAAUAUCAUGAUCGCAAAGGGUAUGCAGAGGAUUUAACAGAGGGUAAAUUCUCAUACCCGAUUGUUCGAUGUAUCCAUAAAGACAGCAGCAAGUCAUCGCAACUAUGCAGUAUACUAAGACAGCGAACACGAGAUAUGGAUAUUAAAAAGUAUGCGAUUGAGAUAUUAGAGAAUGCGGGAGUGUUUGCAGACACAGCAAAGGAAUUGAAGAGUAUGGAGAGAAAGGCAAGAGAGAUGGUAGUCAAGCAUGGUGGUAACCAGGUUUUAGAGCAGAUUUUAGAUGGAUUAUCUCAUGGUUAUCAAGAAUGA